AUGGUCACACUCGUUGCUCCGAAGGACUUUUCUCCUGUUGAAGAUGCAGAAACAAUCAAGAAGGCUUGUCUCGGGUGGGGAACGGAUGAGAAAGCCCUAAUAUCAGUACUGGGGAAUCGAAAUUCGUUUCAGAGGAAACUUAUAAGCCUAGCUUAUCAAGAGAUAUACCAUGAGGAUCUAAUCCAUCAACUUAAAUCUGAGCUUUCUGGAGACUUUGAGAGAGCAAUAUGCCACUGGACUUUGGAACCAGCUGAUAGAGAUGCUGUCCUUGUCAAUGCGGCUUUGAAAAAGGCAAAACCUGAUUACAGAGUAAUUGUUGAAACUGCAUGCGUUGCAUCACCAGAAAAUCUCUUGGCAGUGAAGCGUGCCUACCGGUUUCGUUACAAGCAUUCCCUCGAAGAAGAUGUGGCCUUUCACACCAAGGGUGACAUUCGAAAAGUCUUGGUUGCUCUUGUAAGUGCUUAUAGAUAUGAUGGCCAUGAAAUUGACGAAGAUGUGGCGAUUUCUGAAGCUGGUCUUCUUCAUGAUGAUAUAUACGGGAAGGCUUUUAGCCAUGAGGAAUUGAUUAGGGUAUUGACUACAAGAAGCAAGGCACAACUUAAUGCAACUUUCAACCGGUACCAAGACAUCCAUGGAAAAUCCAUUACCAAGGGAUUGCUGGGUGACCCAGUUGAUGAAUAUCUAAGUGCCUUGCGAACUGCAAUACGAUGCAUUCGAGAUCCAAAAAAAUACUUUGUUAAGGUUUUGCGCACGGCCAUCAAUAAAGAGGAUACUGAUGAGGAUGCUCUUAGUCGUGUGAUCAUCACCCGUGCAGAAAAAGAUUUGAAGGAGAUCAAGGAGCUUUACCUGAAGAGAAACAAUAUCUCUCUCAAUCAAGCAGUAGCAGGAGAGACACAUGGAGACUACAAGGAAUUUCUUCUGACCUUAUUAGGGAAGGAAAAGAAUCAAGCUCUUAAUUAA